CUCUUCUCUCACCCUUCCCUGCUCAUCAGUACAUAUAUAUAUAGUCAUCCCACUCUCUCGUUCUUGUGUGCCCACAACAUAUCGUCCGAAAGCGAAAAAGCCAUCUCUCCUCCACACGUUCUUCGAUUCCCCCAACGGCGGAAAACCACGAAAAAGAAACGACCGCAUCUCACUUGCAGGAUAACAUCGUCAAUGGAGUUGGAAUCGUGUGUGCCGCCUGGGUUUAGGUUCCAUCCAACGGAGGAAGAACUUGUAGGCUACUACCUCAGCAGAAAGGUCAACUCCAUCAAGAUGGAUAUAGAUGUAAUAGCUGAGCUUGAUCUCUACAAGAUGGAACCUUGGGACAUCGAAGGUAGGUGCAAGCUAGGGUACGAGGAGCAGAGCGAGUGGUACUUCUUCAGUCACAAGGACAAGAAAUACCCGACCGGAACCCGCACCAACCGGGCCACCGCGGUGGGGUUCUGGAAGGCCACGGGGAGGGACAAGGCUGUGCUCUCGAAGAACAAGAUCAUAGGGAUGAGGAAGACCCUGGUUUACUAUCGGGGCCGCGCUCCCAAUGGACGGAAGUCCGAUUGGAUCAUGCAUGAAUAUCGCCUCCAGACCUCUGAACAUGCACCACCUCAGGAUGAAGGAUGGGUCGUGUGCCGAGCAUUCAAGAAGCCUUGCCCCAACCAUAGACAAGGGUUCGAGGCAUGGAACCAUGCUUACUACGUUCGAGACUACAAUAAUCCUCGGCCUCCCCCUUCAAUAAUCCCCGACACAAGCCAAGCCGUCUCUUUCAGCCGGCACCAAUUCGCUCCCUGUCAAGAGCCCGUCGCAAAUCAUCAACCCCUCUGGGACAGUCAGCUCAGUGAGCUUCCGCAGCUCGAUAGCCCGACUCUCUCGACGAGCUUAACAACAACUAACAACUACUUGUCGACCCAGGAAGAGUACGACGACGGGAGGAGCAAGAACGUUAACGACGACAGUGCCCAGUUCAUCAAUGAGUGGACGAGCUUGGAUAGCUUGCUCACAUCGCACGUGAGCAACAGCGGCAGCAGCUACGCUUUGAGGCUGACUGAGCCGAGCACGCACAUGCGGUCGAGCUCUCUCGAUUUCGUUCGCGAAACCGAGAGCCAGGUCGGCCAUUUCCUAGGGUGCUUCCCUGACUCCUAGCAAGGACUCAUCUCAUUUCUUCCCCACUUUACCAAUCCGAUACUAAGGUAGCCAUGCAUUACAAUAAUCUGCUUUCAAACUGAACAUUGCAUGUCGUCUGUCAUAUAAAAGGUUUCUUCAAGAUCUUCCCCUGUUUAUCAAGCUGAUUAUAUGUACAGACAGUUCUUCUUAUUUGACUGCUUCUCAACUCUUAGUCACUGUAAAAUGGCAUUGAAUGAUAAUAGCCAUCUUCAUUACAUUUAACCGCCGAGGGUUUCUUACUAUAUUGUUUCACAUUUGUUGUUGUGGGCUUCAUAUUGUGUUCUUCUUCAUGGAAUCCUGAUGCAUCCUGUUGACAACCCCGGGCUUGUAACAGGAAUUGGCCCUCCUGUCAUUUGCC